CACGAGACUCUCGGCGUCACUCAACUCGGCGCCAAACUUGUAAAGCGCGGAAGGCGGCGCAGUGAAAACCCGGCGGGUCCGCAGAUGUUAGUGUUUGGUCGUUGAACUUUGGGUAUUUCUGAUAAAUUAUUCCUCUUUAGGAUGUCUCAACCGGCAGGAUAUUCGCCCAGCUUCAAGCGACCGGCGGAAAUCAUGCGAAUGAGGAGGAGGAGAAGAGCCCGAAGCGACGCCGGUGUCUCCUCCAGCCCGAGCGGCCAGGGUUCCACUAGCAGUCCCGGACAAAGCGACUCUUCGCCGGCUUGCGUUCGUCCCUUCUCCCCGGGACCUCUAUUCAACGCCCAGAAUCGCUCCGGAGGUGGGAUAAAACGCAGAAACCCGUUCGCAAACAUUGAAAACACUUACAGCCCCAAAAAGAAGCUGCUCAUUUAUAACGACGACGGAAAUGCCGAAGCCGUGGACAGUGACAGGACAAGUAAAGGCACCGAGAAGGACGGAGACGAGGACAUGUCAACAAAGACUGACUGUGGAGGAGCUUUAGCUGCGAGGCUGGCUGAGACAGAAAGACAGGAGCCCCGAGAGAGUCACAGCAGGGAGUGUCUCACUUUCUCCGAAGAUGAUUCUCUGUUUGAAGAAGAGGAGGAAGACGUUAAAAGUCCACUGCUGAAGAGUCCUCAGGCCAUCGCUGCUGCCUCCAUCGCUCCUCCUGUCUGCACACAGUACCCGGCAGACUGGAGCCUGAAGACUCGCCUCCUCUUCACCUCCCCGCUCUCCCUGUCGUGGGCAGAGCACCCUAAAGCCCAGGAGGAAGCUCUGGGGCUCAGCCAGCACUGCAGAGCACAGUUUGCCACCCUGCCACACAGUCUGCAGGAUCCAAAGUCCUGCUCGGAGCUUCGCUGUGCCUUCCAGCAGAGUCUGGUGUACUGGCAGCACCCCUCCCUGCCCUGGAUCAAUCUGUUCCCCAGGAUCAACGCCGAGAGGAACUUUAGCGGGAAGAGCACCCCGUGGGCACAAGACAAAGCACUGCAGCAGAGUCUCAUGAGUGAAUGGUCCGUCAGUCUGUCGUCUCUCUACAGUCUGCUGAAGGCCAGACUGUGUCCUUACUUCUACGUCUGUUCCUAUCAGUUUACAGUGUUGUUCAGGGCAGCAGGUCUCGGGAGCUCAAGCAGAAUCUCCGCCUUGAUCUCUCCUACAACCAGAGGUUUCAGAGAGGCGAUGAAGGCUGAGGGCAUAGAGUUCAGCCUCCCUCUAGUGGAGGAGAGGAGGAAGAGCAGGGAGCAACAGAACGUGACAGUGCAGCGGGGAGAGGACGAGGAGGAGCAGCGGGAGAAAGCCCAGGAGUGUUCUGAGCUGAAAGAGGACGGGGACUGUCAGGCGGGUGAUGAUGGAGAGAACGACGACGAAGACAGCAGCUUCUCCUGGCUGAAGGAGAUGGGAGUCCAGGACAAGAUCAAGAAGCCGGACAGCAUCACCAUCCAACUUCGUAAGGAGGGCCACACCGUGUCUCUGGACCACAAGCCCGAGUCCGUGGUGCGCGUGGAGGGAUCGCACACGUUCACCCUCAUCAACUUCCUCAUCAACUGUAAGAGUGUGGUGGCUGCAGCAGGUUCACAGGCCGGGUUACCCCCAACACUGCUGGCUCCCGUCGCUUUCAGAGGGGCUGCAAUGCACACACUGAAGGCCCGCAGUGUGAACGUGAAGAGCCAGGUUGGUUCUACGUACCAGAACAUCAGCAGUCUGGAGAUCACAGGACCCAUCCUCCCCUCUUCCCUCCACACCGUCACUACCCUCCUUCGACCGGCACAGAAAGGAAACUUCUCAGCGACUCUAUACACACACGCACCUACCGCCGUCAUGAACACACACACCACCAAGGAGCAGGGUACUGGUGGAUCGGUGGACCUGUCCGGUUGCGGUCUCCACCCUGCCUCCGUCGAGCAGCUUCAGCAGCCCUCCGGUCUGGGCAAGACGGCCCUGACUCACAUCAGCAUGAACAACUACAGCUACACCUGGAAGAACUGACGGAGGCUCAUUUUAACAGGAAACAGAUUUAAACAUUGCACUGUUUUUUUUUUUUUUUUUUUUUUUUUUGUAUCUCUCUUUUAAAGCUGAUUUGAAAUAUUGAUUUAUUUUCAGGUUGAUAAAUGCAUCGUUUACCAGCUUGUUCGUGUUUUAAUUCCUUCAAGUUAGUUUUUAUUGGAUUUCAGCUGCAAUGUCACAUGUUUUGAGUUCAUAUUCCAGGAUGGCAAAUAAAUACGUUCUGUGAAA